UGUAGGAAUCUUGGGUUGGAUGGAGUAUCUCGAUCUAUAUCUCAUUCAUUUUCCGGGAAGCGUGAAACCGGGCACAGGGUUUCCAUUUAAAACAGAAGAUAUUGUGGAGAUGGAUAUAGAGUCUGUGUGGGAGGCCAUGGAGGAGUGUCAAAAGCUUGGACUUACGAAAUCCAUAGGAGUCAGCAACUUUUCCUGCAAGAAGCUUGAGAAAUUACUUGCCUCUGCAAAAAUCCCUCCGGCUGUCAAUCAAGUGGAGAUGAACCCAGUUUGGCAACAGAAGAAGCUGAGAGAGUUCUGUGAGGAAAAAGGCAUCCAUAUAACGGCUUACUCGCUUGGAGCCAAAGGAGUAGUUUGGGGAACUAACAGAGUCAUGGAUUCUCAAGUGCUGAAAGAGAUUGCAAUUGCCAAAGGAAAGACAGUUGCUCAGGUUUCUCUCAGAUGGGUUUACGAGCAAGGAGAAAGUUUAGUUGUGAAGAGCUUUGACAGAGAAAGAAUCAAAGAAAACCUUGAGAUAUUUGAGUGGCAGUUAAGUGCUGAAGAACGUCAGAAAAUAGAACAAAUUCCACAGAUGAGAGGGAACAUCAUUCAGUCAUUUGUGUCAGAGAAGGGUCCUUACAAGUCCAUUGAAGAGAUCUGGGAUGGAGAAAUUUAAGGUCAAUUUACUGUUGUUGUGACUUCAAUGCAAACUAUGUAUU